AUGAACAACUGGGAUGAUGAAUUCCAUGCUGAACAUAAUGCGACAGGAACUAAGAAUAAAACUAAUUACACAGGUCUAACAAUUGUCCGUGGCUUUUCACCUGAUCAUUAUGAGGGUGGAGCCUGGAACACUGGAGGAUCAUGCAGUGGAAAGGUCAGGCCUGCCUUGGAUAGUGAAUUAGUUGAGAACAGUUUUCCCAAUGUAAUGCACGAGAAGCAGGUGACCGGGUUUAAUCGUGCUAUGAAGAAAAAGAUGAACAAAUCAAAAAUGAAAUCAAUGGAUAUAACAGAAGCAUUUCCAUAUCGCCGCGAUGGACAUGCAGGUCCACAUUGA